CGUGGGUUGGGGGGGGAACAGAGAUGGCGGCUUCCGCGGUGGUGAGGAGAGGGGUCUCGGGCUGGGCCCGGCGUCGCCUCUUGGCUGGAGUGCUGCAGCUGCGCCGAGGGUGCGCCGGUCUCGCCGUCGACGAUACGGUUAAUGGGCUGAGCGAGGAGCAGCAGCAGCUUAGAAGAACUAUUGGAAAAUUCUGCCAAGAGCAUUUGGCUCCAAAAGCCCAAGAAAUCGAUCAACAGAAUGAAUUCAAAGAAAUGAGGGAGUUCUGGAAGAAACUUGGGGAUCUAGGGGUUCUAGGAAUAACUGCUCCAGCUGAAUAUGGUGGGUCAGCGAUGGGUUAUCUGGAUCAUGUCUUAGUGAUGGAAGAAAUCUCUCGGGCUUCAGCAGCUGUUGGAUUGAGCUAUGGUGCCCACUCUAAUCUUUGUAUCAAUCAGUUAGUGAGAAAUGGCAAUGAAGCACAGAAAGAGAAAUAUCUGCCAAAGCUGAUCAGUGGAGAGCAUAUUGGAGCCCUGGCAAUGAGUGAAGCCAAUGCUGGUUCUGAUGUUGUUUCCAUGAAGCUAAGGGCAGACAGAAAAGGGGAUUAUUUUGUUUUGAAUGGGAGCAAGUUUUGGAUUACCAAUGGGCCAGAUGCAGACGUUCUGAUCGUUUAUGCCAAAACAGAUCCAAAUGCUGUUCCAGCUUCUCAGGGUAUAACAGCAUUUAUUGUGGAGAAGACUAUGCCUGGUUUCAGCACUGCACAAAAACUUGAUAAACUGGGAAUGAGAGGGUCAAAUACUUGUGAAUUAAUCUUUGAAGAUUGUGAGGUUCCUGCUGAGAAUGUUUUGGGACACCUCAGUAAAGGAGUGUAUGUGUUGAUGAGUGGCUUGGAUCUGGAAAGGCUCGUAUUGUCAGGUGGACCCCUGGGGCUCAUGCAGGCAGUUAUAGACCAUGCUGUCCCAUAUUUGCAUGUGAGAAAAGCUUUUGGGCAGAAAAUUGGCAGUUUCCAGCUCAUGCAAGGUAAAAUGGCUGACAUGUAUACACGGCUGAUGGCAUGUCGACAGUAUGUAUACAAUGUGGCAAGGGCCUGUGAUCAAGGACACUUUAAUUCAAAGGACUGUGCAGGAGUGAUUCUCUUCUCUGCAGAAUGUGCUACUCAAGUUGCUUUGGAUGGAAUUCAGUGUUUGGGUGGAAAUGGCUACAUCAAUGACUACCCCAUGGGUCGUUUUCUGCGUGAUGCCAAAUUGUAUGAAAUAGGAGCAGGAACCAGUGAAGUACGGAGAAUAAUUAUUGGCCGGUCAUUUAAUGCUGCCUUUAAGUAAGACUCUGUUAAAGAAGUGACUUUGACUCCAGAGGCCUUUUAUUUCCAAGACUGUAAACUGCACAAGUAUUUUCCUCACUUGAUUAUUAGGCUAACCAUCUCCCUUUGGUUUCUGACCUCCUCUUCUCAAUUUGAAUGUUUCUUGAUUUGCUGAAGAGCAUAUGAUUGUGUUACAAUUACAGUGGAACAGAAAAGAGGCAGCUCAAGUAGAAUAUGUGAAGACCUGCCUGCACCUUGCCUCGUUCUGGAGAAAUGAAACUUUGUCUACUCUUCUGUCUCGAAAAUCAUUGUAGAUUCUACCCUCGUUUACCCAUAUUUGGUGGAUAAACCUAUCUGCAUGAUGUUCCUUUGUAUCUCACUUUGAAAUGCUAGCUGACUUUUAUAAGGAGCUUUCUUUAUAAUUAGACUUAAUGGGAUCUUAGCUAUUCAAGUAAUAUAUAAAGCUGCUGUUUAAAUGUUAAAAUGUGAGGCAUAGUAUGAGUCUGUGUGCCUGUUCUCUCUUGCUGCUUACCGAAGUGUAUUAGAACCAUGUGAAGCCUUCAUUCAUUUGAUGGACUGCCACCUUGUGCUUGAUUCAUGUUUUGAUGUCACCAUCUAUCACACUGGAAGCAGUUAAAAUGACAAAACGCCAGCCAAGAAUGAAUGGGAGGGAGGAGGAAGCAACUUGAUUGGGGAAUGUUAGAUCUUUUUGUAAAGCUUUCAGUUGGUAAAUAUAGAGCCAAGUCACCUCACUCUACCUGCCUAGAAGAAAAGAGCACAGUAGGUGAGGAAGAGUGACAGAUCUAAGAGCACUCUGGAGGGACUUAUACCAUUGCGUGAAGAUUAUAGAUAAUGGGUAUGUUGGUUUGCGUGUGGUAAACAGUAUGACACAAUUUCCAAAGCUGUGGAGCCUGGCAAAAUGCAGGUUACUUAAAAUUUAAAACAGUUGUCACUGACUUGUCAGUCUCAACUAUCAGAGAAAGUUAACAAAAGUUACCUUGAGCUUAAUUGAUUAUUAUGAAUUACCCCCAGAAGGGAUUUGCAUAAACCUGAACCUCAUAGAAAAGCAAUCUGUUGGGACACAUGGGGUUUAUGUCAGAGGCAGUAUACCAGAAGUCCUAGUCUCCUUGUUGACUUUAUUAAUUAUCUGACCAAAAGGCGUCAUUCUACUGAAUUGGCAUAGAUGUAAUCACAGUAUCUAUACAGCAUGUGUAUAUAUUGCUUGAAGUUGCUUACACAAGUUCUGGUGUUUCACAAGCAAGAAACAGGACAGAGCACUCUGUACCAUGCUAGACCUGCCUAUGCAACAGAUUGGGAGGCAGAUAAUGACUUCAUGAACUUUUCAACAUGGUUACAAUUCAAAACUUUUUGAAACUCUUCCCAACCAGCACAUCCUGUGUGAGUGAAACUGGUGGCAUGGGUUGUUGCUUUUUUUGACUGCCGUACUGGUUUCCUUCACCUUUGUCUUCCACUUGUUUAAAAAGCUAACAGCACAUUAUGCAGACUUUGAGAUAUUUGAUGACUGGGAAAUCAUAAAUUAAAUAAAGGCAUAGUGAAUUCAUGUA